UCCACUGCAUGGAUGUUUCCUGUGGGUUUCCCUUGAAAAAGGUUUGCAAAUUCGUUUCUCGUUAGAGCUUUUUCAAGUAUGAAGAAGGGGGCGCACCUUUUUCUGAUUUUUGGGUUUUGAUUUUCUUUUGAAUUGGAAAGAGGUAUGUUUCGAGUUUCCAGUUUCUGCAUAUUCUUGCUUUCCUUUGGUUGUAACUUAUAUCUACUCAUCAUGUCUUAUUCGUUUCAUUUUUUGUUUCACUUCAGUUCCUACAACGAACUAGCAGCUUUGCUUAUAGAGGGAUCUAGUGUUUGGUCGCUUUUUCUUGAUAUUUUACGUUACUUUUGUCUUUCAAGUUUUAAUUUUUUUCAGGUUUUCAGCUGUUCUGUUCCGCUGCCAUUGGCUUUUCGACUUCUUUUCUCUGUGAAACCUAAUUGCCUUGCAUUCAUUAGUCCUUUCCUAUCCGACUGACCGUCCCUGUUUCCUCCGUUUCAUCUACAUGUUCCUGCGAAACUUCGUCUUCUGUUUUCUUGAUUUUCUUUUUUUCCCCAUAUAAUGAAUGUGGGUGGUAGAAGGUGACAUGAGAUAAUGAUUUUCGUGCUGUUUGUGAUUUAAUUGCCUAAUUGAUUCCUUUCCUUAUUUUUGCUUUUGUUUUCCAAAAAUCCAAAAGGAAACAAGAGUUGUUUGUAAAGAAAAUGUUCAGCCUAGUGUCUUUUUGUCCAUUGCAGCCUCCUCUGUUUCAAAUACAAUUUUCUGAAAAGGGAAUAAAAAACACAAGUGAAUAAAUUCUCUUGUGAUUUCUUUUUGUUAUGGCAGAAGUAAAUGGCAAAAGAGUACAGUGGAUCCCCAAAAAUUCAUCAGCCGGAAUCCAAGAGGAAUCGCCUCACCUGGAUCCUAGGGGUUAGUGCUCUCUGCAUUUUGUCUUACAUUAUUGGGGCUUGGCAGAAUACUUCUGCCCCCACAAAUCUAUCCGAGGUCUUCAAUCAUGGAGGCCGUAGCGAUACUGGGUCGACUUCAGCAGGCAACAGUCAGCCAUUGUCAUCUUCAUCCUCUGCAUUGGAUUUUCAAAGCCAUCAUCAAGUUGAAAUGAACAACUCCGGGGGAGCCCAGAAUUUCCCACCUUGUGAUAUUUCCUAUAGCGAGUACACUCCUUGCCAAGAUCCAGUGAGGGGAAGGAAAUUCGAUCGGGACAUGUUGAAAUACAGAGAGCGGCAUUGCCCCAAAAAGGAAGAGCUCCUCCGUUGCCUUAUACCUGCUCCUCCAAGAUAUAGGACACCUUUCAAGUGGCCUCAGAGCCGAGACUACGCCUGGUAUGUUAAUAUUCCCCACAGAGAACUCAGCAUUGAGAAGGCUGUUCAGAAUUGGAUUCAGGUCGAAGGUGACCGUUUCAGAUUUCCUGGAGGAGGUACCAUGUUCCCCCGCGGAGCUGAUGCAUAUAUUGAUGACAUUAACGACCUCAUUCCUCUCAAAAGCGGAAAUAUCAGGACUGCCAUAGACACAGGCUGUGGUGUUGCAAGUUGGGGUGCUUACCUGUUGAGGAGGGACAUCCUGGCAAUGUCGUUUGCACCAAGGGACACGCACGAAGCACAGGUCCAGUUUGCAUUGGAGCGGGGAGUUCCUGCUAUGAUUGGCAUCAUGGCCUCACAGAGGCUUCCUUACCCAGCGAGGGCAUUUGAUAUGGCUCAUUGUUCACGCUGCUUGAUUCCUUGGCAGAAAUAUGAUGGUAUGUAUCUAAUUGAAGUGGACAGAGUUCUGAGGCCUGGUGGUUACUGGAUUCUUUCCGGCCCCCCAAUCCGCUGGAAGACAUACUGGAGAGGAUGGGAAAGAACUCAAGAAGAUUUGAAACAAGAGCAAGAUGCAAUUGAGGAUGUAGCCAAGCGCCUGUGCUGGAAGAAAGUGAUUGAAAAGAAUGAUCUUGCAAUCUGGCAAAAGCCUCUCAAUCACAUUGAUUGCAUUAAGAGCAAGAAAGUUUAUAAAACACCACAUAUAUGCCAGUCGGAUGAUCCAGACACAGCUUGGUACAGAAACAUGGAAACUUGCAUCACUCCACUACCAGAGGUAAGCAGCUCAGAUGAAGUUGCUGGUGGGGCAUUGGAGAAGUGGCCCCAGCGUGCAUUUGCCAUCCCUCCUAGAAUUACUAGUGGAUCAAUACCAGGCAUCACUGACGAGAAAUUCCGCGAGGACAAUGAUCUAUGGAAAGACAGGGUGUCCCAUUACAAGGGGAUCAUUCCCCUAUCCAAGGGACGGUACAGGAACAUCAUGGACAUGAAUGCCUACCUUGGUGGGUUUGCUGCAGCCUUGUCCAAAUAUCCUGUGUGGGUUAUGAAUGUGGUUCCUGCCAAUUCGAACCAGGACACUUUAGGUGUGAUUUAUGAACGCGGUUUCAUUGGGACUUACCAGGAUUGGUGUGAGGCAUUCUCAACAUAUCCAAGAACAUAUGAUCUCAUUCAUGCGGGCGGUUUGUUCAGCAUAUAUCAAGACAGGUGUGACAUCACCCACAUUCUGCUAGAAAUGGAUAGGAUUUUGAGGCCAGAAGGCACAGUUAUAUUUAGGGAUACAGUAGAGGUUCUUGUGAAGAUUCAGGGUAUUAUAGAUGGAAUGAGAUGGAAGAGCCAGUUUGUGGACCACGAAAGUGGGCCCUUCAAUCCGGAGAAAAUUCUUGUUGCUGUCAAGGCUUACUGGACCAGUGAAGCUGCGCAAAAACAAAGCUAGUUCCCCGGAGUUAUUAGGUAGACUUGUGUUUUGCCAAAGCAUUUGAUUUUAUAUAUUUUUUUGAGUUUUGCUAAAGCAUACUGUUCCUAUAAACAUGGGAAACGGUUAGUUUUGCUUAGCCAUCAUGUAUUUUGUUUACAUGCUGUAAUUGCAGAGAGUUGUUUCCAUUUUAUAUUUCGUUUUAUCAUAAUCAUUACUGGCUUACGUAGAAA